UUUUCUUUUUUCCCACAAUCACUGGGCGAGGGUUGCUUCACUCAUGAACAUGGGUGUGGUUUAAUUUACAAGAUCCCGGGCAGUUUGCCAGUGUUAAGGCACUACAUCUAAAUACACUCACACAUGCAACCACAAAAUCAGGUGUGGUGGUACAAGUAUGAAAGGUCAGCUCUCAGAAAGUGGAAUCUGAAGUACUGAGAUAUAGAAGCAGAACUCGAUUACAUUAGCAAGACCUUGUCUUAGAACAGACAUACCACACACACAUUCCCAUAAAUCAGUAUUUACAAUAAAGAACUCAGCAGAUUCUCAGAAUAUGUUAUUGUUUUUUUCUAGCUUCUUCUAAAUCACUAAUAAAGAUACUAAAAGUUUACAAAUGGGUGGAGGUAAAGCAAAAAAGACGCAGGGUCAAUAGAAUACAUUGUAACAGUCUGUCCAGCUAUGUGUUUCAGUAGGUGUUAAAAAGAUCACUUUUUUUUUUCUUCCUGAGACAGAGUCUGUAUGUAGCUCUGGCUGUUCUGGAACUCACUCUGUAGACCACAAAUGGCCUAGAACUCUCCGAGAUCUGCCUGCCUCUGCUGCCACAGUGCUGGAAUUGAAGGCAUGUGUGCACCAUUGCCCAUCUUUAACGAGCUGUCUUUAAUUGCAGACAUAACAGUAACUAUUCACUUCAGCUGUUCCUGAAGCGUCUCUGCAAUAUCUCAGGACAUUCUCACCCAAGGCUUGAGUCUCAUCCCAAGGGGAAAGGGAGGAGGACUCUACCAAGGGCCACUAAAUUUCAUUGUAGUUUGUUGUAGAACAACUGGUAAUUGACACAAGGCACUUUUUACAAUUCUCAGCACUCAGGAGGUCAGGGCAGGUGUGUUUGAGGCUAAUCUGGUCUACACAGCCAAUUCCAGGACAUCCAAGGCUACAGAGAGAAACCCUGUCUCAAAAACAAAACAAAACAAAACAUAUAUCUUCUGGUAAAGGUGACUGCUUUCAAUCCUGACAAUUUGAAUUUGAUUCCCUGGGAGCCAUACCAGGAAGGAGAGAACUAAUUUGCAUAAAUUGUCCUCUGACCUCAAUACCUGUCCCAGGGCCACCAUUCAAAUAAAAGUGUGUGUGUGUUGGUGGUGGUGGUGGGGAGAUAACAGUGUUUAAAAUAAAAUACAUUCAAUAGGUAUGAUAGCUGAUGAUAAGUGACCAGAACCAGGGAACUGGGUCAUUUCAAACUCACUUCAUUAAUUUCUCAUAAAGAACAGACCCUUCUAUUUAAGUUUUUUGAAGAAUCAAAGGUGACUAGGACAAGGAAGUAUUCGGACACUAUUCUAGACUACUACACUGCCAUCUAAGCAACUGAAUAUGUAGUCGUGGUUCGCUUCUGAUUUGUGAUCUUUCUGCCUCUACUUCCCUAGUGCUAGGAUUUCAAGAAGGCACUGACUCACCUAGCAUUAGAGUUGACAUUUCUUUCUUUUAAAGGAUUUACUACUACUACUACUACUACUACUACUACUACUACUACUACUACUACUAUUAUUAUUAUUUUCCUGAGACAGGGUUUCUCUGUGUAGUUCUGGCUGUCCUGAAACUCAUAGGCCAGGCUGGCCCAGAGAUCAAGAGGUUUGCCUGCCUCUGCCUCUCGAGGGCUGGGAUUAAAGACAUGUGCCACUCAUCCAGCUUCUUAGAGCUUUCUUUAAUAAUGCUGCUCAGAAUACUUUUUUUCAGAUGACAAUUGAGAAGCUAAUUUUUAAAAAAAAUUAUGCUGGGUAGCAAGCAAAACAGUAACAGGAUUGGGCUGUUUUCUGGUGCUCCCCCUCCCAAUUUGAAUGGGGAGUUUUGGAUGUCUCUACAAAUUUGUUCAAAUAACAGCUGGACCUGGGAACACCGCUAUUGCUACUGAUGCAUAACAUACUACUCUCAUUGUUACAUUAUUAAGGUGGAUAUCUACACAUACAGGAUUUGAAUCUUUAGAGACACUAGCUAUGCUGUGAUGUUUGGGAAGAAUAUCCUAGUUCACCAUGCUGAGAUGACAUCACAAUAGUUAAGAUGGUUUAGAAACAUUACUGUUAUAUUUUUUUAUUAGUCCAGGAAUCACACACUGUAUUAAAUGUCAGGCCUUACCUAUGAGGGCUGGGUUACAGGAACUAAUGUUCUCUAAAUAAUGAGAACAAACAAACAAACAAACAAACACCACAUUAAGACCUGCUGUUAAGGCUUUGAUUCCCUGCCCCUGCAUCUGGAGGCUCAUAACCACCUACGACUCCAGAGAAUCUGAGUCCUUGGACCUUCAAGGAGCUUCUGGUUUUAUUUAUGAGAUUUAUAAUUUGGUAUCACAGAGAAAUUGCCCUGUUGACCCUUUGGCUGUUAAGUACCAAUUUGCUGAACCACAAAGGCAAUUCAUCUUACUCGUUAACUAAGAUUUAGAGAAACGACUUGCAUUUCUCGAGUUGUUCAAAUCAAACGCGGUCCAUAAAAGGGACAGAAGGAAGUGGCUGUGUGAGUUUUAAAGAUAAAAUGUAAAAUGUCAGCUAGGAGUAGUGACUCACACCUCUCCAGCAAUCAGGGUUAGCGUUUGGGUUAGGGUUGGGUCAAGGCAUGAGGAUCAAAGUUCGAGGCCUGGGCAGCCUAGGAAGACUGACAAAAAGCAAACUACAAUAAGGCUUCACAGAAAUCUGAUGAUAGUUGGGCAUUAAUCUUGUGUCUCCUGUCUCCCAUGUGUUCAUGGUACAUGAACAGCUUUGACCACAAUUUCACCUGCCACCUACUGUUUAAUUUUCUCUUCUUCCAGUCCUACUAUUUAUGCCACUCAACACAUGCCUUCACUCUUGUAUGUCAGGCUAACUAUCCUUCAGUUCUAUCCUUGGUGCCAACAACCAGGUCUGUUUCCAAGGUGCACUGACUUUGAGUCUAGCUUUAUCGUUAAUCAUAAAGGCUCCUGCAAACCUAAUAAAACAACACCCUUAAAUCGGAUCCAACUUCUAGAAACAUAAAAGAACUCAAUUAAUUAAUGGGUUUCAUUAAUUUACACGUUGGUCUCAAGUACAAAGCAUCCAGGUUUUAAGAACCAGAGACCAAGUCAAGCACCCGGCAAGGUUACUCUUGUUUAGCACUCACCGUGCUAUCUGUAUAGUCAGAAGCGCAUCCUCCAUUAAGGAUGCUAAAGUUUUCGAGGAGGGUGUCCUACGCACUUCGCGCUUAGAAGCUGACUAAACCUCGGUGAGUAGGUUAGGCGUUAUUCUGGAAUCGCAGCCUCAGAGAGCCUCAGAGAGCCUCAGAGCCGGGGCGCGCAUCGCGGCAGCGGUGACGUCAGAGACCCGUUCCUCCUCCAGGCCGAGCUUUGUCUCAUUGUCCCACACUAAAACCCACCCAUGACCUCGAAGGAAGUGUGCGCGCAAAGUGGCGCCCAGUGUUUUAGCCACAGUGUCGGUCGCACGGGGACCCAGGUGGUGCACGCUUCCAGCCUCCGCAUCCGCCCGAUUCGGUCGCGCCCAGGAGACCGCAUGGCGUGGUGGGAAGGCUCCAGGGCACCGCAGCCGGAGCCAGCAUAGACCCUGGGGCGACGCGCCCGAAAGUCGUCCUCCCGCGAGGCCCCCCAGGCGCUGGGAGCGGUCUUCCCGCCGGUCCCCAGUCCCCGCGGUCCGCGUGAGGCCGGGGGGCGUGGCCUGGUGCGCGCGAAGCUCCGCCCCGCCCCGCGGCCUGCUGGACCGGCCCGGUCUUAGGCGUCCUCUUCCUCCUGCGCAGCAGCCGCGGCGGCGGCCAGCUCUCAGGUCAGGGAACUAGGCUCGCGUGGGCGGCGGCGCACGCAGCUGGCGGGCUCCGAGGCGCGCGCAGCGCGUCCCUGUCUCCGCGGGUCGCGGAAGUGACGUGAGGCACCCCGGCAGAAGAGCGUUUGAAUCGGUUCCCGGGUUGCUUCCCGGCCGCUGCCCAGUCGGUGCUGCGCGGCCCGCCGAGGCCCCGAGCCGCGGCGGCUGGAGCCGAGGACACGCGCGGAGUCUGCGUCUCCGGGAAGCGCGCCCGAGAGCCGCGAGGUCUUCUCUUUUCCCCCCAACAUGGCAGCGGAGGGCGCCAAGGAUCCAGGCGGCCUCUCCAAGGGGUCUGGAAGGGAUGGCGACAUCGACGGCUGUAGGACGGUGUACUUGUUUGACCGGCGCGGGAAGGACUCGGAGCUCGGGGAUAGAGCACUGCAGGUCCCGGAGCGCGCGGGCUACGCGGAGUUCCGCGCGUCUGUGUGUCAGACAAUUGGCAUUUCAUCUGAAGAAAAGUUUGUUAUUACAACUACAAGUAGGAAAGAAAUUACCUGCGAUAAUUUUGACGACACUGUUAAAGAUGGAGUCACUCUGUACCUGCUGCAGUCAGUUGACCAGUCGCUACUGACAGCAACAAAAGAAAGAAUUGACUUUGUACCUCACUAUGACACUCUGGUUAAAAGUGGCAUGUAUGAGUACUAUGCAAGUGAAGGGCAGAACCCUUUGCCAUUUGCUCUUGCAGAAUUAAUCGACAAUUCAUUGUCAGCUACUUCUCGAAAUGUUGGUGUUAGGAGAAUACAGAUCAAAUUGCUUUUUGAUGAAACACAAGGAAAACCUGCUGUCGCAGUAGUGGAUAAUGGAAGAGGAAUGACUUCUAAACAGCUUAACAACUGGGCUGUGUACAGGCUGUCAAAAUUCACAAGACAAGGUGACUUUGAAAGUGAUCACUCAGGAUAUGUCCGGCCAGUACCAGUACCACGAAGUUUGAACAGUGAUAUUUCCUAUUUUGGUGUUGGAGGCAAACAGGCUGUUUUCUUUGUUGGGCAAUCAGCCAGAAUGAUAAGCAAACCUAUAGACUCCAAGGAUGUCCAUGAGCUCGUGCUUUCUAAAGAAGAUUUUGAGAAGAAGGAGAAAAACAAAGAGGCAAUAUAUAGUGGAUACAUUAGAAACAGAAAGCCAGCUGAUUCUGUUCAUAUUACAAAUGAUGAUGAAAGAUUCCUACACAAUCUUAUUGUAGAGGAGAAAGAGAAAGAUAGCUUUACUGCUGUGGUUAUUACAGGGGUACAACCAGAACACAUACAGUACUUGAAAAAUUACUUUCAUCUUUGGACACGACAGCUAACGCAUAUUUAUCAUUACUAUAUUCAUGGACCAAAAGGAAAUGAAAUAAGUACAGCAAAAGAUGUUGGACCUUUCAACAACAUUGAUAUUGAAAUUUCUUUAUUUGAAAAAGGGAAGACACCUAAGAUUGUCAACCUAAGGGAAAUACAAGAUGACAUGCAGACAUUGUAUAUAAACACAGCAUCUGAUAGUUUUGAGUUCAAGGCUCAUGUUGAAGGAGACGGUGUAGUGGAAGGUGUUAUCCGGUAUCAUCCCUUCUUAUAUGAUAGAGAAACUUACCCUGAUGAUCCAUGCUUUCCAUCAAAGUUAAGAGAUGAAGAUGACGAUGAUGACUGCUUCAUACCUGAGAAAGCAGCAAGAGGGAAAAGGCCUAUUUUUGAAUGUUUUUGGAAUGGACGGUUAAUUCCAUAUACAUCGGUUGAAGACUUCGACUGGUGUGCUCCUCCUAAGAAGAGAGGGCUUGCCCCGAUUGAGUGCUUUAAUAGAAUAUCUGGUGCAUUAUUCACUAAUGACAAAUUUCAGGUCAGCACAAAUAAACUGACAUUUAUGGAUCUUGAGCUGAAAUUGAAAGAUAAGAACACCCUUUUUACAAGAAUUUUAAAUGGACAGGAGCAGAGAAUGAAAAUUGACAGAGAAUUUGCUUUAUGGCUGAAGGACUGUCAUGAAAAGCACGACAAACAAAUAAAAUUCACACUUUUUAAAGGAAUAAUUACCCGUCCGGAUCUUCCCAGUAAAAAGCAAGGUCCCUGGGCGACAUUCUCAGCCAUAGAGUGGGACGGGAAGAUAUACAAAGCAGGCCAACUGGUGAAGACAAUCAAGACCCUUCCUCUCUUUUAUGGAAGCAUUGUAAGGUUUUUCCUUCAUGGCGAUCAUGAUGGAGAAGUGUACGCUACAGGAGGUGAAGUUCAGAUUGCGAUGGAACCCCAGGCACUAUAUGAUGAAAUAAAAACUGUGCCCAUUGCAAAGCUGGAUAGGACAGUAGCUGAGAAAACAAUUAGAAAAUAUGUAGAAGAUGAAAUGGCAAGGCUCCCUGAUAGAUUGUCUGUAACUUGGCCUGAAGGAGAUGAAUUAGUGCCAAACGAAGUCAGACCUGCUGGAACACCUAUUGGGGCACUAAGAAUUGAGAUUCUGAACAAAAAGGGGGAGGCAAUGCAGAAGCUGCCAGGGACAAGUCACGGAGGCUCCAAGAAGCUGCUGGUCGAACUCAAAGUUAUACUACACACUUCAAGUGGAAAUAAAGAAAUCAUUUCACAUAUCAGUCAACAUGGAGGGAAAUGGCCUUACUGGUUUAAAAAAAUGGAGAAUAUCCAGAAACUGGGAAAUUACACAUUAAAAUUACAAGUGGUAUUGAAUGAAAGUAAUGCAGAUACCUAUGCAGGAAGAUCACUACCAUCUAAAGCAAUUAAGUUUUCUGUUAAAGAGGGCAAGCCAGAAAAGUUUUCGUUUGGUCUUCUGGACUCUCCUUUCCGUGUUGGAGUUCCAUUUAACAUUCCUCUGGAGUUCCAGGAUGAAUUUGGUCACACUACCCAACUACUAUCUGAUAUUCAGCCAGUUCUUGAAGCAAGUGGUCUGUCUUUACAUUAUGAAGAAAUAACCAAAGGCCCAAAUUGUGUAAUUCAAGGUGUCAUAGCUAAGGGUCCAGUAAACUCUUGUCAAGGCAAGAAUUUUAAUCUGAAGGUUAUUCUUCCGGGUUUAAAAGAAGACUCACAGAUUUUGAAAAUUAGAUUGUUACCUGGUCCCCCUCAUCGACUAAAAGUGAAACCUGACUCAGAAAUUCUAGUUAUUGAGAAUGGAACAGCUUUCCCUUUUCAGGUGGAAGUUGUGGAUGAGUCAGACAACAUAACAGCACAACCAAAGCUGAUUGUCCACUGUAAGUUCCUCGGUGCUCCAAACCUACCAGUCUACACUGUGGAUUGCAGCAGCUCUGGAACGAGCAUCCUGACAGGGUCACCAAUCCAAGUGCAGAACAUUAAGAAAGACCAGACACUGACCGCCAGGAUUGAGAUACCUAGCUGUAAAGAUGUGUCACCUGUUGAAAAGACUAUCAAGUUACUUCCUAGUAGCCAUGUUGCUUGCCUACAAAUCUUUAGUGUAGAGGGACAAAAAGCAAUCCAGAUUAAACAUCAGGAUGAGGUUAAUUGGAUAGCAGGUGAUGUAAUGCGCAAUCUGAUUUUUCAAAUGUAUGAUGAAGGAGAAAGAGAAAUCAAUAUUACACCAUCCUUGGCAGAAAAAAUUAAGGUUAAUUGGACUCCUGAGGUUAACAAAGAACAUUUGGUACAAGGUCUGCUUCCUGAUGUACAAGUACCAACAUCUGUGAAAGAUGUACGCUACUGCCAGGUUUCUUUCCAAGAUGACCAUGUGUCUCUGGAAAGUGCCUUUACAGUAAGACCACUUCCUGAUGAUCCCAAACAUUUAAAAUGUGUGUUAAAAGGAGGAAAAACAGUGCAGAUGGGCCAAGAGCUUCAAGGAGAAAUAGUUGUAAUAAUUGUAGAUCAGUAUGGAAAUCAGAUUUCAGCAUUCUCAUCUGAUUCCUUAUCUACUUUGUCAAUCUCUGGAGAUGGGCUUGACAGCAAAAACCUGAAAACCACUUUGGAGACCAGCACACAGAGUAUCAGCGUACAGGGCAUCAGAUUUACCCCAGGUCCUCCUGGACCCAAGGAUCUUUGUUUUACCUGGCGAGAGUUUUCUGACUUCAUUCGAGUGCAUCUUAUUUCUGGACCUCCAACCAAGCUGCUGCUUAUUGACUGGCCAGAGCUGAAAGAGUCCAUUCCGGUGAUUAAUGGAAGACAAUUACAGAACCCUCUUAUUGUUCAACUUUGUGAUCAGUGGGAUAAUCCUGCUUUAGUUCCAAAUGUUAAAAUAUGUCUCAUAAAAGCAAGCAGUUUAAAGCUAGUACCUUCAAACCAGCAGCAUAAAACAGAUGAUAAGGGCAGAGCUAAUUUGGGGAUGUUCACUGUUUUUGCUCCAAGGGGAGAACACACUGUACAGGUUAAAGGUGUCUAUAAUAAGAGUACUAUAGAAGGACCUACAAUUAAGUUAAUGAUUCUUCCAGACCCUGAAAAACCCAUUCGUCUGAAUGUUAAAUAUGACAAAGAUGCCUCUUUUAUAGCAGGGGACAUAUUUACUGAUUUUAUGGUUAGUGUGAUUUCUGAAGGUGGUAGUGUCAUCAAGAAUAUUAAUCCAACACGUAUUUCCAUGAAAAUGUGGAAGCUGUCCAGUGGCAUGAGCCGGCCACCAGCAAACGCAGAAAUCUUUAGUUGUAAUAAAAUAAAAGAUAACGACAAGGAAGAUGGCUGCUUCUAUUUCAGGGAGAAAACCAUUCCUUGCAAGGUGGGGGCGUACUGUAUUCAGUUUGAUUUCAUGAUCGAUAAAACUAAUAUGCUCAGCAGUGAACAGGUUAUAGUUGAUGUUCUGCCUAAUCAGCCUAUGAAGUUGGUUCCUGAUACCCAGCCAGCUACCCCAGCCGUUUCUAAUGUUCGCUCCAUUGCCAGCAGGACCUUGGUCAAAGACCUACGCCUCAGUAUUACAGAUAAUUAUGGUAAUCAUACUGGAAUGGAUCUGGUUGGCACUGUAGUAGCAACCAUUAAAGGCUUUAAUGAGGAGGACACUGAUACCCCACUCUUUAUCGGGAAGGUUAGGACGCUUGAGUUUCCCUUUGUGAAUGGUUCUGCUGAAAUCACGACUCUAGUGCUGGCAGAAAAUAGUCCUGGAAGGGAUAGUACUGAAUAUUUUAUUAUCUUUGAGCCUCGGCUGUCAACUUUAUCAUCAACAUUAGAAUCCUAUAGCCUGCCAUUUAUGUUUUACAAUGAUGUUAAAAAGCAGCAACAAAUGGCAGCGCUUACGAAGGAAAAGGAUGAGCUAUCUAAGUCCAUCACUAUGUACAGAAGUCUCUUUGAUGCCAACAAGCAGCUUCUGGAUGAAAUGAAAUGCCAAGCUGAAGAAGCAAAAUUUAAAGAGACCCAGCUACGAAAUGAACUAAAAGCACACAAUAUUGAUAUUCCUGCAACACAACAGAUACCUCACAUUGAAGCACUUUUGGAAAAAAAGAUAGCAGAACAGAAUGAGCUUAAAAAGAGGCCCAGAAGAUUGUGUACUCUUCCAAACUACACUAAACGCAGUGGAGAUAUUUUGGGAAAGAUUGCACAUCUAGCACAGAUUGAAGAUGACCGAGCCGCCAUGGUUAUUUCUUGGCAUCUAGCAAGUGACAUGGACUGUGUGGUUACCCUGACCACCGAUGCUGCUCGCUGCAUCUACGAUGAGACUCAAGGUCGCCAGCAAGUGUUGCCCCUCGAUUCUAUCUACAGGAAAACUCUUCCAGAUUGGAAAAGACCUCUACCUCAUUUCCGAAAUGGUAAAUUACAUUUUAAGCCCUUUGGUGAUCCAGUCUUUGCCCGAGAUUUGUUAACAUUCCCAGAUAAUAUUGAACAUUGUGAAACAGUUUUUGGUAUGCUGUUAGGAGACACCAUUAUUUUGGAUAACCUAGAUGCAGCCAAUCAUUAUAGAAAAGAGGUUGUUAAAAUCACGCACUGUCCCACACUCCUGACUAGAGAUGGAGAUAGGAUUAGAAGUAAUGGGAAGUUUGGGGGCCUUCAGAAUAAAGCCCCACCAAUGGACAAACUCCGGGGAAUGGUCUUUGGAGCUCCAGUACCAAAGCAGUGUGUGGACUUGGGGAAGCAGAUAGAUCUUAUUCAGCAGUAUCGAAAUGCUCUGUGCAAGCUGAACUCCGUGAGGGCGGACUUGGACCAUCAGCUGCAGUACCUCCACACACCCGACAUGAAGAGGAAGAAGCAGGAGCUCGAUGAGCAGGAAAAAAGCCUGAAGCGAAUCGAGCAGAAGCUCGGAAUGACUCCUAUGCGCAGGUGUAGUGACUCACUUUGUCUAUCACCAAAGAUUGAGGUGACUGAGUGUCCAAUCCCCACUAAAAGAAUGAGAAGAGAAUCCAUCAGACAGAAUAGAAGACCAAAAGGUGAUGUCCCCAACUGAGCAUUUCUGAAGACGUCGAUGAUCCUGGCAAGAGUUUCCUGUUUCUCCAAAUGGGCCUGGAAGCAGCUGCUCAACUUUUCAGAGUCUCACGGGGCAGCGCAGAUUUACUAGGUUAUUCCAGCCAUUGGGCCCUUCAGUUGCUUGCUUGCAAAUGUACACUUUUACCCAGUGGUGGUCAUUCUAGCACUGAGGCGCUUCCUGCCCAGAGACGUAACUUCCUGUUCCUCAGCAUAAUCAUGAAUAUAUUAGAACUGUUUCUUAAAAACAACCUUUUUUAUUGCCUUUUUGUGAACUUAUUUAAAAACAUGUUGUCUUUUGUGUAAGGGAAAUUCUAGAACUAGAUAUUUAAUUGUAAAUAUAUGUGGAAAGUUGAAUUCUGCAUUAAAAUGGAGAAAGCACAGGUGCCUGGGAAUUUGUAUGUUCAGAACACAAAAACAUUGAUGAUGAUAAGAUAUCCUAAAGACUGUGUCCUGUAUAAACUGGCGAUGGGACAGCCGGCAGACUGUAUCCUGUAUAUACUAAGACGUAGUGGCAUCAGUUUUAUAGGAACUGUCUGAAUUUAUUAAUAAUCUAUAGCCUCGGCUUCAACUCCACAUUUGCAUUAUUUUCUAAUUUUUUACAACUAUUUUUAAGAGGUUAAAGAAAACAUACAUUGAAUGCAGAGUUUUUAGGAAUCUGUUGUAUAAAUAUCUAAACUGUGCAUUAAUUCACGCUAACAUACGCCAUGUGUGUCUAUGUAAGUGCAAGACUUUUGCUCUGUGAAGUUAUUUUGUAAGGAAUACUUUUGGUACAAUUUCCUGUCCCAGGAAAUAUGUGUGUUUAAUCCUUUCUGAUUAUACAGCAAGGUUAAUAAACAAUCAUUUCUCCACCCAAACAAA